CUGCCGGGCCAUUAACUCGAGUCAAACGCAAUACCUUUGGGACACGAACAACUCAUAUGUCAUCUAUGCCAACGCAGCUGCUCCGAACAACUCCAUCACUGGUCUUCGCCUGUGGAAUAUAACUGCAAAUUGCGGUGCCAGAAUAUGUGACCAUGGUAGAUGCAAGUGGAAAUGCGAGCCUGUCGGGGAGUGGCUUCCUUCCUUCCGUUGUUUGCCCGGGGCCUGCGAAUUUCAAUCAAACUUUUACAAGCUUCAUGAUUAUUUCACAAGGAUUCUACAAGUAUAGGUUCCUUGACGCAAGCGUGUGCGAAGUGACCCCACUGUUGACCACAGUCCGCGCAAAUUAUUCCAAUGACCUAAUUUCCUCUGAGGUCAUUUCAUUCACCCCUUUCGGGCCAGAAAAUGUUAAGCUACUGUCAUUCAUUGCUGGAAUGGCCAAGUUUCAGUCGAUCAACUCGCAGGGGCUUAUGAGCAGCGCGAUCGGAGAUACUCUGUACUCCAUCUAUUCAUCAACAACUAACACAUCUAUCGACGACAAUCUUGGAAAUCAGAUGCAGGUUUACAAAGAGCUGGAGUAUUGGCGUGGCGUUGUUGAGUUUUCUGCCACAUACCUUCGCUCUGGGUUUAUGGUCGUGGGCAGCUUCACCGAUAAUAUUAUCCCGGAUGACCUCAUCUCCCCAGUCAAUGGGACAAUGUACAUAUCGACGAUAGGUUGGAAUCGGCGAUCGGCGACAUAUCUUCUCGCUAUCCUUCCCAUCACCAUCACCAUCAUCAUCAUCCUCUCAUUAUGGCAUCCGCUGCCGGGAGUCUGACACUCGAAGAUUUCUACAAGGAGGGGAUUAUCACCAACGAAGGCGUGAAGGUGCAGUUGGAGGAGUCCAAGAACAACGAUGGUGUGAAGAAGAAGUUUGUGAUAGCUGACCAACCAGAUUUGGUGUCGUCGAAGGAGAAUCUCGUAUGAU